GCAACCGCAGUAUUAUUGAUCAUCAAGGAACUUGGGUGACUCCCUUUUGUCAAAGUAUUCAAUGGAUUUAUCUAGUGAGUCUUGCAGACCUGGUGACUGAGUUGAGUACACUGUGCAACUACGAUAUAAAUACAGAACUAAAAUCUUGGUGCAGUUGAAUAAACUGUUGUAAACGUUUGUAGUAUCAUACUUAUCGAUGAUCACUCAUCACGUUUUCAAGUCUUUAGUACAUAUCUUUUGAAAUGUUAAAAUUUUUUAUUAGAACGGACAAUUAACUACUGGGAAACAAGAACUUGCCAAUUAUUGAGACAUAAUUGAUGCACACAAUGAAAGUUUAGUUCAACCAACUUAAUAAUACAAAACGUCAAUUCAUAAACGCCGUGAGCACCAUAUAAAAAAAUCAUUACAAAACUUAUUUUAAAUCAAGUACGCAAAAUUCUUGAAGUGAAUACUAACUUCAAAACUAAUACAUUUUUGGAAAAAGGUAUUCAAACUAAUUGAAAAAAAAUUGUCAUAAAAACUGUCAAACAAAAAAAAAGAUAGUAAAUAAGCUUUAAAAUUUCUGAGCUUAAAAGUUACACAAAUUAUUGUGGGCCAGCUCUAUCACACAGCACCAUUCCGUUUUCCACUUUCCGUCAGUCUUUUACAACUAAUGUCAACUACUUGAAACGAAGAUUUUCGUCGGGAGAUUUAAGCUCCGAGUUAGAUGAUGAGGUGGAUCAGGAACCAAGGAUGGUCACCAUGGUUCACCAAGAUUCUUCUCAGCCUUAUCAAGCUAUUUCAGAUCGACCAUUACAAUCACAACCAGCAGCACCACCACCACCAACUCAAGUGCCUAUACCAGGAGCUCCUCUGACAAGUGUCGUCACGUCUAGUGAUUUGAGUCUCAACUUAAGGUCAGGGUCAAGGACCACAAGCGCACCAUCAUCACCCGCUAAAACUAGAGAAAGUCUUUUGCAGCGAGUUCAGAGUCUUACUGGUGCAGCUCGGGAUCAGGGCGCUUCUAUUCUUGGUGCUGCUGUUGGUGGUACUAAUCGCAUUCCACCAUACAAUAAAGAUCGUUGCUUCACUCUACUGGUCAUAGAUGAUCAAAAUACUGAUUGGAGCAAAUAUUUCCGGGGCCGAAGACUUCAUGGUGAAUACGAAAUACGAGUUGAACAAGCUGAAUUUCGAGAGUUGUCACUGACUGCCUGUGAAAGUGGUGCAACAGUCUCUGUCGCAAUUUUACGAAACGGAACCAAAGUUAUCAGAUCGUUUAAACCUGAUUUCGUCUUGAUCCGGCAAAAUCUUUGUGAUGCAAAUGAAAACUACAAAAAUCUUCUUCUAGGUUUCAUGUAUGGAAACAUUCCCAGUGUCAAUAAUUUAUCGGCUAUUUACAACUUUCAGGUACUUAUGACUCUAUAACGUUUCAAAAUAAAUCUUGCUCGGUUAUUAUACAAAAAAACAACUUCUUCAAUAAGAUCCGUGAAAAAUCUUCCUGCAGAAGUUUUUCAGACCGAAAGAAAAUCUCCUAACCAAACAUCACAUGUUAAAAAAAUCCACAAAAAAUAUUUUUCACAAUGGAAUCUCUCAACAAUAUUGUUAUCAAAUAUAGUAGAAUUAUAAGUAUCAUUUGUUAAAAACAUAGAAUUACCAUCUUUUUCAAAUUAUAUUUAUAAACAUUAAAAAAUAAUUAUAGUCGAAUUCUAAGGCUGUUUGCUAACGGCAUACUCGAAUUAAUAUUUGUAGUUUAAGAACCCCGUAUAUUACAACACUAAAUUUUAUGCCCGUGAACUCAAAAUUUCUGUUUUAGAAAAAAAAAAAAUUAUUUUGUCCCAUCCUCGUGUAUAAAAUUUCUCAGCACUGACAUUCAUUACACUGAGA